AUGGCGCGAUACCCCUGAAAAAUCACCGGGAAAGUUUCCCAAGUUUCCCGGCGGGCCUGCCGGGCUGCCCCGGCCCCGGGCGGGCGUGGACGCGGGCUGUUUUCUCCCACCCAGGGCCCGGCGAGGAAUGCAACAGACGGCCCGGGAUGAAGGCAGGCACCUCUGGCAGGAGCCGCUCGAGAGCGUCAGCGUCUGCCUCCCCUUCCGCUGCCCGCGAUGCGGCGACCACACCAGGUUCAGGAGUCUCUCCUCUCUGCGGGUGCACCUGGAGUACAGCCACAGCUACGAGGAGAGAAACCUCCUGACCAAGAGCAGCCUGUUCUCACCCCUGAAAGACGCGGAGCUGAUCUCCCCGCCGGAGCCUGCCACCCAGGGCAGCCUGGGGAGCCCCGGCGGCGCCAUACAGCAAAAAGGGUCCUACCUGAAUUUUUGCGAUGCGUCCUGCGAGAGCGCAAAGCGCGGGCAGCCUCUGGAGGUGGAAGCUGAACGGCCCGUCUCCUACGUUGCCAACUAUGUGUCGGACGACUCUCCCAGCGAGCAGAUUUCUAAACCCGGCCUCCCGGCCACUGACUCCAAAGCCUCCUUCGAGGCACACGUCAGAGAAAAGUUUAACAGGAUGGUAGAGGCCGUGGACAAAACGAUUGAGAAGCGAAUUGACAAGCUUACCAAAGAGCUGGCCCAGAAGACAGCGGAGCUGUUGGAGGUGCGGGCAGCUUUUGUGCAGCUGUCCCAGAAGAAGCAGGAGGUGCAGCGACGGGAGCGGGCCCUGAGCAGGCAGGUGGACGUGGCGGUGGAGAUGAUCGCAGCCUUGAAGCAGCGCCUCACCGAGUCCGAGGAGGAGCUUCACCGGAAAGAGGAAGAAGUUGUUACUUUCAACCACUUCCUGGAAGAAGCAGCAGAAAAAGAAGUGCGGGGAAAAGCCAGGCUCCAGCACUUCAUUGAGAACCUGUUGCAGCGCGUGGAUCUGGCAGAAAGGCAGCUAGAAUAUUACCAAAAUCAGCAGAUGGUGUGCAACCACACCGACGUCACCGAGCACGUGGUAAGUCCUUCCCCUCAUUGUCACCCACCACUGCAGGGAAAUUGCUCAUCCUGGGAUUUUACAGACAUUUCAUUAAAUAAGAAACCCAGAUGCCUGAGCCGAGGAAGUCAACACGCUUCAUAUAACAUCCCUGACGCAAAGCCUCAUUCCUUUCAAAAAGGAAGAAUCUUGUUGAAAAAGGCAAAGGAUGAAAAAACCAGCUUGCAGCCAGUGAAAUGCUUCUAUGAACCUGUUGAUUGCUCAAGAGAAAUAUGGAGAGCCCAAAAGAAAGGUGAACCUGUCUGCUCUGCCAGGAAAGUGAGCGCAAAAUCGAAGAUGGGUAAAAAGGCCAAACCGCUAUAGGAGUGGUUAGCAAUAUAUAGUUAUGCAGGAGCUUGGCUUCAACAGAACAAAUACUGAAUGAAGUUAGUCAUCCUACUUUUUGCUAUCCAUCUGGCCAUGCCAAAACAUCAGAUAUAAUAUAUAGAAAUAUAUACAGUAUGGAAGAUUUAUAUUAUUUAGUAAUGCCAUUCCCUCUUUGGGCGCUAUAAGAGAAAAGACAUUUUAUUCAGUUUACAUGGAGGUUUUUCUAUUUAUUCAUUUAUUUAUUUAUUUAUAGGGCUUAUUUUAAAUGACUGCAGUUAUCUUGCUGGGCAGUACUGUGGCUGUACGUUUAAUUAUUUUAGUGGCAGCAUGUGGCUUGGUAAUUUAUUUUCCGUCUGUGCUGUUGCUGAAGUUCAGAAGAAUCCAUUUAAUCGGCACCCAAAUAUUCAGCCUUUCAGCUUAGGUAGGUAUGAGAUCAAUGAUUAACUGUUACCUGCACAAACAUACUUAGAUGCAAAAGGUCUACUUGAGUUGCUUGAAGGCUGUUUACAGGAGUAGAUUGCUACCCUGGAUUUUCGGCCAUAAGCCCAGUUGGGCACAUUUCUGUAUUUUAUUACAUACAUUAAACUGCUUGAUCCUGCCAGCAGCCACAUUGUCUAUUGGUACAAAUUUGGGCUGCUCCGGUGUCUCAAGCACAGCUUUCCAAUUCAGAAGCUUUAUGGCUUUGCCAUACAUACCAGCCUCUGGUGUCACUUAGUGAGGAGACCAGAAGCUGGUACCGCAGGCCUGACAAGCACGGACCACAUUGAGCCAGAGGAGAAAUUUCAGUACCAAGUGCCAGCAGCACAUUAUCAGCUGUGGCACAGCAAGUGAAAGGCUAAGGCAACAUGUUACAUUGCAUGUCACCACGUUCAAUGCCUGUGCUUGGUUUUAGGCAUGAGAGGCCUAAAAUGGCUAUGAUCAUAACCAAAAUCCUUCACAUUUUUAUCUCUGAAAAAUCUUUACAGGGCUGAGAGAUCCCUCAAUUUCAACUAAAAACCCAAGAGCAAGGAAGUUAGAGAUGAUUGCAGGACGGGAAUGCGCGUGUUUACAUUGGUUUGUGCCAAUUAAAAGGAUCCUUAUUUAUCAGAGUAUUUAUCAAGAUGAUUUUUUGUGUGUACAGUUUUUUGGUAACAUGAAUCCUCAUGCCAUGUUUACAGAUAUGAACAUCCUGUCGAUGUUACUGAUGAGAUUUGUUUUCUCAAGAAAAAGAAAGGAUAGGUGAGACAAGUCUGUGUAAUUUAUUUUUUAAAUGCUCAUAACAGAUGUAAAUUGUUUAUGUGGAAAGUGAUUUUUACAGUAUGUGUACAAAGAUUUGUGAAAAAUGUUUUCCAUUUUUUAUAACAAUGACUGCAAGCAGAACUGAGUAUUAAAAGACAGUGCAUCACUAUGAUUGCUGCUGCAAUAAGCACCUGAGUUGCAAUAUUUUUAAAGCAGAAGAUGACCGAUCAGUCAGCUAGGAUCAGGUAACUACAGAUGUCAUACAUCUGUCAGUGUACAGAGCUCCCAGAAAGUAGCAGAGUGAAGAAAGAGAGUAUUAUUCCUCACUUUUAUUUUAAAUAGUGUAUAUGGAACAAUCAGAUAUAUGUUUAAAGUUUCUUAACACUGUUUCAGUAGAAAGUCACAGUGUAAAACCAAUUCAGGUAUUUAGGUUGUAAUGACAUUUUAAUAUUUAUUUAACUACGUCACAAGGCCACGCUUGGCCUUAUGCUAGGCAUUGUGUGUGGUGAAAAGGAGUUGUUAAUUGUGUUGCAUGGGUUUGGGUCAGAUUGUGUGUUAUGACAACUUUGUUAGGCAAGCCACAAAAUAGAAACAUCCUUGAGUUUUAUCUAUUGCUUCUCACACCCUUUUACAAACCUGAAAAAAAUGACCCUUUUUGAAGAUAAAAAAGGUGAACUUUAGAAAGAUAAUAAAGUAAAAUAUAUUCAUCUGUUCCUUUAUCCACUUGACACUGAAAGAAUAUUUUUAUUUUUAAAUGCCUAUCUACUCUGUUGGUCACCAAAGUUAAGUGCAACUACUAGUUCACAAAUGAGAUGUUUAUUUUAUUAUUUAUUGCGCCAAAAUCUUGACUGUAAGUUGUCCUUUUGGGGGAGGAAGAGAAAAAGAGAGUAAAAGAAGUUGCAUGUUCUUAAACUUUUCAAAGCCUACGUUACAGUUACUUGCUGAACAAAUGCCAGGUUAGUUAAUUAGAAAGAAAUUGGAUUGUACUGUAACCCCAGAUAAAAGUUUUUAGAAUAUAAACAUUCUAAUAAUAAAGAUAUAUUUCUCA